UGCACUAAAAUGUCAAACAUAUUUUGCGAAAUAGUCGUUGAAGAGCAUUGAAAACUCCAAAAAUGAAGUCCUACUUAGUACUGAUUUGUAGCGCUCUUCUUGUUGGAGCGUUCUGUGUUGUAUACGCUGCACCCAGCCAAAACGCAAAUCCUGGGGAACCUGCUCCGGGUCCUUUGAUUUUCCCACCGUACAGCCUUAAUCCUCCAAGAAUUCCAAAGCCAAUUCCCGACGUAGAGGAAACGUCCGAGAGCAUCAGCGAGUCGGCCUCGGACAGUGAUUCGUCUUCAGACAGCGACAGUAGCAGUAGCGAGUCUUCAUCGGAGGAAAAUGAUGGGGGAAAACCUGAAGGACGUACCUUGUUCCUCAUCCUACGCCUAUUGCAAUUGCUCUCUCAACAGAACUCGACCUCUUCGGGCUAAGCUAUAGAGAGUGUGCUCUGCUGACACUAUUAUAUUCGUUUUUCUUUCAAAUUAUUAUUAUAUAUUGUUCAGAUAUUUCAAGAUUUUCACUUAAUAAAUUAUAUAAUUAUUGAUGGCAUGAUAAA